AUGGACAAAAAGGUGAAAAGUAUCGAUGUUGUAUUCGAUGCGGCCAUCUGUGUUAAAUUUCAUUUAGAGCGUGAGAAAAAUCCACACAAAUUCAAUAGUCGGAUGAAGAACAAACUGUGGUAUUUUGAGUAUGCCACCUCGGAAACAUUUGCAGCUUCCUGUAAGAAUCUUCAUGAAAAUAUUGAAAUUGUGUGCGAUGGCGUUUCAUUAGAUUUAGCAAAUGGACCUCAUUUACAAGGAGUAGCACUGCUGAACAUUCCUUACACUCAUGGUGGUUCUAAUCUAUGGGGAGAGCAUUUAUCACAGAAACGCAUGCGCAAAAGUUCUGGACCAUUUCGUAAAGGACUAAAAUUAAAAUCAUCUGAUAAAGAGCUAUCAGCAACAAGUUUUAAUUCAGUGGACCUAUCCGUUGCUACUCAAGAUUUUGGUGAUCGAUUGAUUGAAGUUAUUGGGUUAGAAAAUUGCUUACACAUGGGACAAGUGCGUACCGGCUUACGUGCCUCUGGACGUCGUUUGGCGCAAUGCAGUGAAGUUGUUAUUAAAACAAAACGAACCUUUCCUAUGCAAAUCGAUGGUGAACCUUGGAUGCAAUUACCAUGCACGAUAAAAGUUACACAUAAAAAUCAAGUUCCUAUGCUGAUGGCACCACGUUCCGAGAAGGGCAAAGGAUUUUUCAAUUUACUUUGUAGCUGAUUUCGGCGUAGUGCCUCCGCCAAUUUCGCUACAAGUGAACAACACCAACAUUAAAAAAUCACCGUCCAAAAAUUAUUUUAGAAAAUUAUUAGGCAAAUAUUUAGUAAAACAUUAGGAAAUUAAG